CCAAGGCACAAGUGAGAGAAAAACCGCAGCAGCAGCAUAGCAGCAGCGCCGUGUGCUUUCGUGGCCCUGAAAAAACGCCAAACAACAACAUGUCGUCAUCGGCGAGCGGCGACGAGGAGAUCAACGUCGACUCGGACAGCAACGGCAGCUGCCCGAUGAGCGACGGCGGCGCCAGCAGCGAUGUCGAGGCGACGGCGCCAAUCAUCACCAAGGAUCAGCAGACGAAACUGCCGUUCAGCAUCUCGCGGCUGCUCGGCGCCGACUUCGACACCAAGUCGUCCAGCAAGCUUGGCGCCGAGGCCGUCGCCGCCUGCUGGGCCGACGCCGCCAACUACGAGCACUUUUUCGGCGCCAGACCCGGAAUGCUGCCGCCCAGCCUGCACUACGCGGCGGCGCCCGGCGGCGCCAUCAUCCGCGUGCCAGCCCAUCGGCCGCCGACGUCGACGGCGCCUCCCAAUAAUGCUGCCAUGCCGACCCUCUCGGCCUCCUCCUACCCCUGGCUCGACCCGCUGCAGAGGAGUGCCGCCCUUGCCUCGCACCUGGUCAAGGAAAGGCUCACAGUGCAAGACUUGAGUGAAUCAAUCAGGGACCACAUAUUAUCGACCUUCCCGAUCACGCGGCGGAUCGGCCACCCGUACCAGAACAGGACGCCACCGAAGAGAAAGAAACCGCGCACCUCGUUCACCAGACUGCAGAUCGCAGAGCUGGAGAAACGGUUCCAUAAACAAAAGUACCUGGCUUCGGCCGAAAGGGCAGCCCUGGCGAAAACACUCAAAAUGACUGACGCCCAAGUCAAGACUUGGUUCCAGAACAGAAGGACAAAGUGGAGAAGACAAACGGCAGAGGAGCGAGAGGCCGAGCGGCAGGCGGCCAACCGUCUGAUGAUGUCGCUGCAGGCGGAGGCCCUGAGCAAAGGCAUGUUCCCGCAGUCGGGGCCGAACGGGCCCGUGGGGUCCGACGGCCCCGGCGGGCUGCAGUGCAGCGCCUCACUCAGCGCCCUGCAGAGCAUGCAGCCGUGGGGUGCGCCGCCAAACUCGAUGGCGGCCGCAGUGGCCGCGGCCGUGGCCGCCGCCAACUCGUCAGCCGCCUCCGAGCCGCCGCACAGCCCCCAGAGCGAGCCGGGUGGCAUGAUGCACACGCCGCUGCCGCCGCCCCCGUACCUCAACCCGGCGCCCAUGACGUCGCCCAUCUGCUGAGAGAGGCGCGCAACUUUUAGUCAGCUCGUUUGUAAAUAACUUAUUGAUUUCUCCGCCUGUGCGUUCCAAAGGACAAAAACUGCCCGCCGAGGAGUCACAUUUAUUCUUAGGCAAACAUGAGAGUUUAGUGAUCGAUUAUCUCUGUUUAAUAUCCCCCUGUGAAUGACUGUAAUUCUCGAAUUUUGUUUUUUGCGUGUGUGAAUGUACAAAACUUGAAUUUGUUUUUACUUUGGAAGCGAAUGAGGAUGUUACAAACUCUAUAGUAGAUUUAAAGUUAUAAGAGCAGGUUGAGCAAUAAACAAGACUAUUAAUAUGUAUAUGUGGACAUUGCUUAAUGAAUUGAUGAACCCUCGUAUAUGGAAAACAAAUAAUCAUGAUCCAUUUUUUGUUCACAAAUUGUAGAUCAGGAUGCAUUCCAUCUCAAUAAAUGUGUUAAAAUUUAC